AUGUCAAAUUCUGAAGAAUCCUCUGUUACAAAAAGUGCAGCAGCGGCGAUGUCUCAAUCCGUGUCUGUGGUGGUCUCGCCGUACACCCUUGCUAGCUCCGACAACCCUGGUUCCAUGAUCUCUGCUGUCGAAUGGGCAACGGAGAUGUUGAAUGCUCUUCAAGCUAAGCGCAAAACAAGGUUUAUUAACGGUACGAUUCCAAAGCCGGUGAGCAGUGAUCCUGACUUUGAGAAUUGGCAAACCGUGAAUUCGAUGAUAGUUGGGUGGAUUCAAACAAGUAUUGAGCCGAAAGUCAAGUCUACUGUCACCUUCAUAUCCGAUGCUCAUCAGUUAUGGGUCGAUUUGAAGGAACGUUUCUCUGUGGGAAACAAGGUGCGUAUUCAUCAAAUCAAAGCUCAGCUUGCUUCUUGUCGUCAAGAUGGGCAGACCGUUCUGGAUUAUUAUGGGCGGUUGUGUACUCUCUGGGAAGAGUAUGGUAUUUACAAACUGAUCAAAGCAUGUACUUGCGGUUUGUGUGUUCGAGGUGUUGAGCCUGCUAAAAAACGUGAAGAAGAGAAAGUACAUCAGUUUGUGUUGGGGCUUGAUGAAUCUAGGUUUGGAGGCAUUUGCACUAACAUUAUUUCAAUGGAUCCAUUGCCUUCUCUCGGUGAAGUGUACUCUCGGAUCAUCAGAGAAGAACGUCGUUUGUCUACUGUUCGGACGAGUUGUUCUCAUUGUGGCCGUGUUGGUCACGAGAAAAAGGAUUGUUGGCAGAUCGUUGGUUUUCCGGAGUGGUGGUCUGAACGUAAUAAUAACGGUCGUGGUUCUAGAGGACGUGGACGUGGUGAUCGCGACACCGGUGCGUCUCAUCACAUGACUGGGAAUAUGUCUCUUUUACUUGAUAUUGUGCCUAUUCCAUCGUGUUCGGUGAGGUUUGCUGACGGUAGUAAAACCAAUGCCACAAGCAUGGGAGUUCUUCCUCUUUUGGACACUGUCAAGUUGACUAAUGUCCUUUAUGUUCCUGAUUUAACUUGCACCUUACUCUCGGACCGUUUUUCGAGGACUCGGAUUGGGACCGGGGAAGAACGUGAUGGGGUGUACUAUCUUACGGAUGUUGCUACUGCAAAGAUACAUACGGUUAAAGUCUCUUCUGAUCAAGCCUUGUGGCAUAAGCGCUUAGGACAUCCAAGUUAUUCGGUGUUUUCGUUUUUACCUAUGUUUCUCAUUCAUCUACGUGUGUUGGUUCUCACUCUUGUGAUGUUUGUUUUCGGGCAAAACAAACAAGAGAAACUUUUCCAGAAAUUUGGCAAGUCGGUGAAAAUGAUUCGUAGUGAUAAUAGUACAGAAUUCAUGUGUCUUUCUGCCUAUUUUCGUGAGCAAGGUAUCAUUCAUCAAACAUCGUGUGUCGGGACUCCACAACAGAAUGGACAUGUAGAACGCAAACAUAGACACAUUCUCAAUGUUUCUCGUGCGUUGUUGUUCCAAGCACAUUUGCCUAUAAAAUUUUGGGGCGAAGCUGUUCUUACAUCUGCCUAUUUGAUCAAUCGGACCCCUUCCUCUGUUCUUGGUGGUCGCACUCCAUACGAGGUUCUUCAUGGUUGUAAACCUGUGUAUGACCAACUUCGUGUCUUUGGAUCGGCGUGUUACACUCAUCGUAUGUCUCGUGAUAAAGACAAGUUUGGUGAACGUAGUCGACGGUGUAUGUUUGUCGGUUAUCCAUUUGGUAAGAAAGGUUGGAAAGUCUAUGAUCUUGAGCGUAAUGAGUUUAUAAUUUCUCGUGAUAUGGUCUUUAAUGAAGAUGUUUUUCCUUAUGACCAAGCAUCCUCUUCGUCUCCGGUUGUUGUUUCUCCCGCUACCUCUCAUGAUGAUGAUUGGGCGUUGUCUUCGUCUCCUCUAGUAAGGGGGAGUUCUGAUGUGAAUAAUGUUGAUUCGUUCGUUCAUGCUGCUCAAGAUAGUGCUGAUCAAGAUAGUGUUGUUGCAUCUCCGCCUGCUCUCUCUCCUGUUACGACACUGGUUCCUACGACUGUUGUUCCGACACUCGUUCCACCCGCUAAUCACGAUGGUCUUGUUGAUUCAUCCUCACCACACACAUAA